ACCUCGUCCUGCCGGGUCCAGACCUCCAGCCUCUCCAAUGCCCACAUCGACCACACCACCAAACCCGCCGUCAUCUUCCGCAUCGCCGCCCGCAACCAGAAGGGCUACGGACCGGCCACACAGGUCCGGUGGCUGCAGGAAUCCACUAAAGACGUCAAACCUGCUGUGAGGAGAACCGGCACUCCUGAUCACAGUAAACCUAUUGGACCAAAGAAGUUCAGAACCGACCAAUAGGAGGACUGUGAUUGGUUCCUGUCGUCUUAAGCUCCGCCUAGCACCUGGUUCCCAUGACGAGGAGGAGGAGGCGGAGUUUUGAGAGUUAUGUAAAGGACUUGUAGGAUAUUUGUACAUUAUUGACCAAUCAGAGUUCUUCUGUGUUGUCAUGGAGACGGCAUGUGGGCGGAGUCAGUUUAAGGUGAAUAUAGAUGUAGCUGAUAUCACAGGUGGGCGGGGCCCCUGCAAAGGGGCGGGGCUAACAUGUUUUUCAUUUUUAUAAAGUUUUUCAGUGGUUUGUUUGUGAAUAUUUUUGGCACAAUAAAGAUUUUUAGAGCAUUUCCUGGUUCUGACUCCAGUUCCUGGUUCCAGUUUAACCAGUUUCACUCCAGUAUUGGAUCAGAAGAACCAAACCUGGGUUCUACAGAGGUUCUAAUCAGUUCUGAACCCAAAUACAGAAAAUGAGAAGCUCAGAGAACCUGGAUCAGUAUCAGCUGACUCUAAUCAAUAUUUUUAUUGGUCAUCUCACGUUGGUUCUCCUGCUUUGAUCUUUUAACUAUUUUAGAACAUUUUUAGUUUUAAAUAUUUUGAUCUUCAUUAAUGGUGAUUUCAAGUUUUGUAUUUUAGGGCGGAUCAGUGGUUAGAACCGCCGCCUCACAGGGAGGAGAUCCCUGGUUCUGGUUCUGGUCUUUCUGCACGGAGUCUCCAGGUUCUCCAGGUUCCUCACACAGUCCCACAACAUGCUGAGGUUAACUCGUGAUUCUAAACUGUCGGUCUGUGUAGCCCCGUGAUAGACUGUUACCUGUCCAGGUGAACCUGUGAUAGGCUCCUCCCCCUAAUGAGGAUUAAGGUGUAUAGAUGAUGGUGGAUUAAUUUUAAUAAAAUUAGUUUUUUCCAGAGGUCUUAUAAUUGAAAUAUUAUUAUAUUCUUAAACAUUUUUAAAUAUUUAAAAUGAAAUCUUUCAAUAUUUGUGAUGUUUGCUGAUGAAACCUUCAUGAAUUCGGUUUAUUUUCUGUUUGAAGUUGAAUCUGACCUAAAUCUAAAUCUCAGAUUUAUUUCUAAAAGAAAACAAUCAAAUAAUGAAAUAUCCGUGACAACCGGAAGAGAAACUGAAACUAAAGCUACGUCAUCCAGGUGAGUCCGGAUCGAUCAUUGCCUCAUGGAUUAUUGAUUUUUGUUUUUUCAUGUGAAAACCUCACAAACAUCUUCCGCGGAGCUGCCGUGAGCGCGCAUGGGCGAGGACGUGGGCGUGCCCGCGGCUGGUGUCGUGAGCGCGUCUCGUGCUGCUGCCAGCCUCAGAGAGCGCGAGCCCCUGUUGUAUCGAUGAGGAGGAUGAAGAGCGACGAUCUGAUCAGACCGUCGAUCAGCCUGAUCGACCGGAGCUGCAGCUGAUCAUCGAUCAUCGAUCCGCUCAUGUGAGGCUGCGCGCGCCGCAGCGGGAGACAAUCAGCCGGUUCUGGAGUCCGGACCGGGUCACGUGACGGAGCCGCAGGUGGAUCCAGCAUCCGAUCAGCUGAUCAGGUCAGCAUCUCUGAGCACCGUUCAGCUCCUUCUGCAGGCUGAUCUGAAAACUGCAUCUAACCGCUAACAGCUAACAGCUAACAGGUGGGGUCCUAACUGGAUGGCCACAGGAGUCAACUACUGGAGCUCUGAUGAACCCAGGUACAAGGUGAGUCCCAGUGUGUGGGCAGGUGAACAGGAGUGGAGCAGCGAGGACGGAGGGGGUGGAGUCACAUGGGAAACACAAGCCAUGGAGGUCACAGGUCAACUCAUCUCACCUGACCCUCUCACCUGUCUGGACAGGAAGCAGAGGGAGCGAAUCGUGGAGCUGCAGGAGAAGAGGCGGAGCCUGCAGACACUACUGAGCACGCGAUUAGCUGAGCUGAGGCGCAUCUGUCUGCAGGAGGCGGAGCUGACAGGUGCGGUGCCCAGUGAGUUCCCCCUGGAGGCAGGAGAGAAGCCCCCCUACAUCCGGCGGAGAGGUGGAACGUCCCGCCACGGAACCAGGAAGUGUCGAGUGGAGGAUGACGACUCUCAGCGUUCGAAGUUGAAGAAAACUUUAUUCAGCGGAGCUCUGAGGAAACACAGCGACUCUGAACACAACGCACACAACCGGACACACACACACCAUGGCAAGAGGACCGUGCACAGAGGCUGCCACACAGAUGAAGGAGUGUCUCAGUGUCGCCUCCCGCUGGUCUCUGCCAGUUCUCCAGUGGAUGUUUUCUACCAGAACAGAACCAGGAGGAACUCAGUGCACAUCAGGUCGGACCAUCCAGAGACCCAGAAGCCCCUCCCCCUGCCUCCCCUCCAGCCUCCCCCUCCCCCCCCUCGCUCUCAGGACUCCUCCUCCUCCUCCGGACCCUCGGACCCCGGGGCCGGGUCGGAGGGGUCCAGGACUACGGCAGCCCACCGUAGUAACAGCUCUGACGGCCUCCUGGACCGCAUGGCCCCCCAAGAGGAGGAGGGGGGGGCGCAGCAGGGUGGAUUGUGGGUAAACGGUGUGCCGGAGUCCAGGGGGGCGGGGCGUGGCCGAGGAGGGCGGGGCUAUGGCGACGUCCUGUUGGACUACGUCUGGGGGAAACAGCAGCAGCUGCAGCGGCAGCAGUCACAUGGCGGUCGGCAGCCAAUCACAUCGCAGCACCAGCUCUACAAUGGAUACUCCACCCAGCAGGGAGCCCCGCCCACCUACCGCAGUCACCACAGCGACCAGCGGCGGGUCACGGUGACGCGCACCAAAUCCUGCGGCCCGUUCCUUCCAGCACAGCAGACUGAUACCCACAAUGCCCCUCUGCCCGCCAUCCAGCCUGACCCCCACCCCCACCUACUGCCCCCAGCCCCCCCACAGCUGCCCCCCUCCCAGGACUCCCAGCUGGAGGAGGCGACCCGCAGCCUGCACAAGGCCCUGGCUCUGGAAGGUCUGAGGGACUGGUACCUGAGGAACACCGUAGGCUCCUCCAACCAGAACCAGGUGAACAGUAAAGCUGCCCCCAGGGUGAGCAGAGGGGUCAAAGGUCAGCACGGUGGAGGCGGAGCUCUGCAGUGCAGACGGACGACUCACGGCGUCAUUCAGCCAUCGACCUAUCAGACGGAGACGAGUCAGCACCACGCCGCGACGCAUCACAAACCCACGCUGCCGCACUCGGCCACGUUCCACGGACAGCCGCUGACCGGCAGGUCUGUGGCGGGCUCGCUCUACCACAAAAAGGAAGUUCCUCUCAGAGAGCCGGCGGCUGACCAGCCGUCUCCCGGGACCCUGGUCUGACCUCUGACCAAUCAGCAGCCUCAUCUGAAGCCCCGCCCACUGCGAUGUCACACAGGCAGUGAUGAUGUCACUGUCUUUGUGGACCUCAGGGCAGAGCCUCGGGAGGAGACUCCAGGUGUGACCUCACCUGGAACCCAGCAGGUGGAGCUUCAUAUCAGGGACCUCAGCAGAACUGAAAUCAGGAGUUCUGCAGCCAAAGACUCGCUGGAACCCGCUGUGAUGUCGCUUUCUGCCGUGAUGUCACGUUCUGCUGCCUGAUGGUGGAUCCUACAGGGUGGGGAAACCUCAGGUCCUCGGCCCAAAACAGGGUCCCACAUUCACCGACACAUCCAGCAACCCCUGACCAAAAACUACCAGCAAGUUCUCAGUGCAACACACCAGCCAAUCAGAGCAUAGCUACAGACCAGCCAAUCAGAACACACACCAGCCAAUCAGAACACAGCUACAAACCAGCCAAUCAGAACAAAGACCAGCCAAUCAGAACACACACCAGCCAAUCAGAACACAGUUACAGACCAGCCAAUCAGAACACAGACCAGCCAAUCAGAACACAGCUACACACCAGCCAAUCAGAAAACAGCUACAUACCAGCCAAUCAGAACACAGACCAGCCAAUCAGAACACAGCUACACACGAGCCAAUCAGAAUGCAGCUACACACCAGCCAAUCAGAACACAGACCAGCCAAUCAGAACACAGCUACACACGAGCCAAUCAGAAUGCAGCUACACACCAGCCAAUCAGAACGGAGCUACACACCAGCCAAUCAGAACGCAGCUACACACCAGCCAAUCAGAAAACAGCUACAUACCAGCCAAUCAGAACACAGACCAGCCAAUCAGAACGCAGCUACACACCAGCCAAUCAGAACACAGACCAGCCAAUCAGAACGCAGCUACAUACCAGCCAAUCAGAACGCAGCUACACACCAGCCAAUCAGAACACAGACCAGCCAAUCAGAACACAGCUACACACCAGCCACUCAGAACGCAGCUACAUACCAGUCAAUCAGACUGUAUUGAUGCGUACUGAUGUGUUUUAUCAGGGCUGAUAUUUAUUAUUGCUAAUCAGGGAGAUCGAUAACUGAUAUUUUAUCAGCUGAUCAGUGGAAGCUCCAGGCUGGAUGAAGAUGUUUAGAUGUUUUAAUGACCUCAUCGAUGAGGAGUUCAAGGACCAUCGGACAGUUUGGUUUUUACAGCGUCUCCUAAUAAAUGGAGUCAUGUUGCUGAUUUUUUAAAGAGUAACUGUCUCUGGAACCUGCCGGCAGGUUUUUAAUUUCAGAUCAGACAAUCGAUCUGUCACCGCUCUUCCCAAAGUGGAACCAGGACCUCUGGGAUGGGUUCUGCCGUCUCUUUUUGAGGUUUGUUGUGGAUGUUUUUGGGGAACUCUGCUGUUCUGUAGCUUCUUCUGUCGCAGCUACGAUUCCUCAGGCGUCCAACAGUCCGACAGACUCCAUCCUCACAGGAGACGAGCAGGUUCUGGUUCUGGUUCUGGUUUUGACAUCUGCAGUCGGAACAUCAAGAGUUUCAGAUCGCAGACAGAACCGAGCAGCAGAUGGAUGACUUCUGUUCAGUUUCUGUAUUUUAAUCUGCUCAGACAAUCAGACUGUUUUAUACCGACGACGCUGACAUCCCCAGCUGACAUCACCAGCUGUUUUCUAAGGCGAUCAGGUGACCUGCAGACCCCUCAGGUGAGUCCAGACAGGAAGCAGCAGGUGAAGGUCUGGACUUGAUGUCUCUGCACUAAAACUGCUGCAGUCGAAGUACCUGAACUUCAAACAUGGUACUUUUACUGCGUUCCUUCAUGUAGAACUGCAGUUUCCUGAUUCUCAGAGGUGAAGAUUUGCUGCUUUCAGUCAUUUGUUAAUAAUCAGGGAUGUUCUGAUCCGAUCAGGGAACUUCAUCCUGACCUUUAUCUCAUGUUUGUACAGAUUAUUGAUCAUCAGCACAACUGAUAAUCAAUAAACAGCUAAUCAAUAA